UUUUAAUUUUCAAUGCAAUGGACCAAAACAAUAGCAACAACGGUGAAAAUUUCGCUAAUGAGCUCAAAAAGCUUCAGAAAAAAAUUUAUAAUGACCGAUCGUAUCAAAAAGACCAGAUUUCUGAACUUCAG